AUGAUGAAUAUGGUGAGUCUGGGACGACACUAUUGCUGCAUCAGCUCACAAUUCGCUGAGGGCUGUCCAGAUGAUCACGCAAAGAGUAUCUACGGAGAGAAUCUUUACUGGGGAUGGGACUCGGAGGAUCUCGGAAAUUUGGACAAAUACGGUGUCCAAGCAUCGAAAUACUGGGAAAAAGAAUUCCAAGACUAUGGAUGGCAAGGUCCAACCCUUACUCAAGAAUCAUACGACACUGGAAUCGGACAUGCAACUCAAAUGGCUUGGGCGUCAUCCAACAAGAUUGGAUGUGGUGCCAAGAACUGUGGAGUUGAUCCUAAAAACGGAAUGAACAAGGUCACAGUGGUCUGUCAGUACCAGGAAAAGGGAAACACUAUUCCCGAGAAGAUUUACGAGGACGGCGAAGCCUGUUCAUCAUGCCCAUCUUCCAGCACCUGUGAGGUUGACUCUAAACUUUGUGCUUAA